AAGAGUGGAGAGUGGGUUGUUUGAUGUGUAUUUAUUCAAGUCUCAGUCAAAGUGAAAUCUGGCUUGAAUCUCCAGAAGAUCAAAAUAUGGACGAAACUCAAAAUACAACAGCAGAAGCUCGAAAUGAAGAAGACAUAUUUUCCAUAUUGGUAGCCACCGAUAUUCAUAUGGGCUAUGCCGAAAAGGACCCAAUAAGAUCCAAAGAUACAUUUGUUACAUUUGAAGAAAUCCUCCAGGUUGCCCAAGAGCGAAAUGUGGAUUUUCUUCUACUCGGUGGUGAUUUGUUUCACGACAGCCAACCAUCAACUUAUUGUCUAUACAAGUGCACAGAACUUUUAAAGAGAUACUGUUUAGGUGACAGACCAAUAACAAUGGAAUACCUCUCUGACCCAUCUCUUAAUUUUUCCUUUGCAAACACUGAUAGUGUAAAUUAUGAAGACCCAAAUCUCAAUGUUGGAAUACCUGUAUUCUCCAUACACGGCAACCAUGAUGAUCCAACAGGAGAACAACAAAUAUCUGCUCUCAAUCUUAUCUCUUCAGCUGGUCUAGUAAACUAUUUUGGAAAACACACAAAUUUCAAUUCGGUUGAAGUAGAACCAAUUUUACUAAAAAAAGGUCAAACUCAUUUAGCCUUAUACGGGUUGUCUCAUAUAAAAGAUGAAAGACUAGGCAGGAUGUUUCUGGACAAAAAUGUUUCUUUUUUGACCCCUCAAGGCGAUGACUGGUUCAAUCUAAUGGUGAUUCAUCAAAAUCGUGCUAGUAGAGGUGUCAAAAGCUUUAUACCUGACAAAAGCCUACCAGAAAUGAUUGAUUUAGUUAUAUGGGGCCACGAACAUAAUUGUUUAAUUGAACCAGUACAGGCUGGAAAUAAUGUGUUUAUUUCGCAACCUGGAAGUUCAGUGGCCACAUCUCUGAGCCAAGGGGAGUCCAUUCCAAAACACAUUGGACUAUUGCAAAUUUACAAAAAAGAGUUCAAUAUGACACCAAUACCAUUGAAAACUGUUAGACCUUUUAUUUAUAGAGAAAUUUUACUUAGAGAUUUUGAAACUCUGAGACAAGAGUAUGGAGAAAAUGAAGUAGAUUCUGUGGCAAAUCAAGCUUUAGCUAUAAAGGAGGUCGAAAAAGUGAUUGAAGAAAUGAUUCAAGAAGCUAAAGAUUUAGGUCGUAAGGGUAAUAUGUUACCAUUACUCAGGCUUCAUGUGGGCUACAAAGACGAAGGCCAAGUAUUUAACGCCAUCAGAUUUGGUCAGAAAUAUCAGGACAAAGUAGCCAACCCUAAGGAUGUUAUCAAAUUCAGAAAUCACAUGCGAACAUCCAAUACAAGAACUGGUGACAAAGAAGAUAAAGAGUUUAUGGCCGAAACUGUAAACUUACCAAACAGGGUUGAAGAUUUAGUGUUGCAGUAUUUUGAAACAAACGAUGUGCAGUUGAAAUGUCUUAAUUUGAGGGCUUUCAAUGAGUCUGUGAUGAAGUGUAUUGACUCCAAUCAACCUGAUGCACCCAUUGAAGUCUGCAAUUACUUAACUAAAGAUGCAAUCAAGAAAUUGGAAGAAGAAGCAAUUGAAGAGGAAAAUGUUGAAGCCUUCAUCAUCGAAAAUAAUACAAAACAACAUGAUGUCUCUUUGGUGGAUAAAAUUCUAGAAAACAAGUUGGGCAAAAAGCCAGUAGCCAGACGACAGGAAAUGGAGAUAGACUCUGGUUCAGAUGACGAUGUGUCUCCCGUGAAAGGCAAUGAUACCACUGCCAGUACUGCUCGUGGUACAAGACCUGCUAGGGGACCUGGAUCUAGAGGAGGUCGUGGUUCUAGAGGAGGUAGAGGCAGUAGAGCCAGAGGAAAGGCAAACCCCCUAUUUUAAAGGAAAAACCCCUUCAUUUCGUUUAAUAUUAUUAGGAGAAUGUAAUAUUUUUCUUUGUUAGUGUUAUUUACUUACAUUUACAAUGUAUUAUUUUUUUUUUAUACCUAGAGAUUAACAGUUACUUUGAAUUACACCAUUGAUUUGUUACACUCCCUGUGUGAUACUAUUUUUCAAUAAAACAUAAUUAAAUAUUUAUCGUUUUAUUGAAUUAAUGUACAAAAUAAAUAAUACUGACAUCCAGUACAAUACUGAAACAUUUAACCAAAAAAAACAAAUUAAUUAUUAAUGUCAUGAUUAUAGAGAGUAGUAAAAUUUCUAUCAAUUUUCGAGUGUAAAAUGCUCUAAUUGUGCCUAAAUCUACGUGUUUUCAGAAUUGAAUGUGGAAUGUUUCCGAAGUAUUACAGAGCUGUGAUUAUCACAUGCGAUUUCCUUCAAUUCCACAGUUCUAGAUAAGCUGCUAUCAAACUCAAACGUCAGCAAAUUUUCUUGUUCUUCUGGAAUAAUGGCGCCUGAAAAACAUACACAAACAUUAAGUAUAAAAAACAAAAACUUUGUUUU